AUGAGUGAAAUAUUGAGUAGAUUAGAGUUUCCUCGUUAUUUAUCGUUUUUUAACGAGGGGAAGUUGGUUUUAGUGAGGAAGCGGAGCCCAUUUGAGCCCUGGGAGAACAUAUCUAACACAAGACAUGACAUAACUAAAAUUCUCUUUUUUGACCCGGAAUUAACCGAAUUUAAGCCGUCAGAGUAUAAAUUAAACCCGCUGGAUCUCACAAUUGAAGUUUCUAUUGAGGAUUUCUGUGAGAAAAUCGAGUACCUCAACGUGAACGUGUUUGAAUACAAAUCUUUCAUGGAAUUUGGUUACCCCGAGACUCUCCUCUUUAACAUCCUGAGGAAUAAUUUUACGCUUCAUUUUCUAAAUGAAAAGAAAAUUAAACUUAACUUCCCGAAACUUAAGGUCCCAACUGAUCCCGACGAUGUAACGCCCGAAGAUCUUAACCGCAGCACAAUAACAAGAAGCCUUAAAAAACGUCUUAACUCUUGUAAAAAAGGUGACAGGUGCCCGAAAAAAGUAAAACUAAGCUGUAAAUUUGGGCGAAGUAUAAGCGGUAGUGACCAGAUUGAACCACUGAGGCCUUGUAAAGACAUCGAGUUAAACACGAGAAAAUAUAAACUUAACAGUUUAAAUCAAGGUUACUGGUACCAAUUUAGUGAAAACAGUUGUAAAUACGUGAAGGUUUUGGGUUAUUUCCUGUGGAAAUGUAAGUUUAAUGACCCGAGUCAACAGUACCCGAAAUCACUUUACUAUUAUAAAAUUCUCAAUAUAUUAAUCUUACAGUUUGAAUCUUGGUUCAUACUGUACAAAUUCAUAGAACAGAAGUGGACACAGCAGCAAGUUAAUAUACCUCCAAUUAACCUUUAUGAACAGACAGAUGCUGGAUAUGUGAAAAGAAUGACACCAGACAAGUUUAAUGUGGUCUUGAGUAUCUCUGGAGAUGUGUCAAUUCUCUACAGAGUUAACCCUGAAAUCUUCUGUGUCAUGGUAAAAUAUAACGUUAGAACUGUGUGGAAAUCACUAAAUGACAGGGAAUCCGCUAAAAUAAUAUUAUAUAAUUUAAGUAGUGGAGAUAUUACUUUGGAUUCGGACAAAAUUCUGCUUCUCAGAAAUGAUGACAAAAGCUGGACCAAGGUGACUAAAUUACCAAAUUUUAUCAAGUUAUACUCUGAGGACGAGCUUGGAAAUGUGAUCCCGAUGCACUUGGAAAAGUGGAAUCCAUACGUAAAUUCCGCGAAUAAAUGCAUUUUCACACUGGAACCUGAUGCCAAAUGUGCUAUGGUGACGCAAUACGACAGUGUUAAGAAUUGUGAUGUGGAAAUUUGGUCCCGCGGGUUACUGCAGAGUUACCCGAAAAAAAUCAUCUUCAGCAGCAAAAACAAGGUUUGUGUUCUUGAAUUCGACAAUUACUUUAUUGUCUCAACUCUGAAAGACGAUGAAUGGGCCAGAAAAGAGUUCUUAAUCCCCCCAAUCCAGCUGCAUAAACAAGAUGAAAAAGGUCAAACAGUGCUAAUGUCCAGAGAAGAUUAUGUGUGGGAGCUAAUUAACACGCGUUUUAUGAUACUUUUGCUGAGUAUAAAUGAGGGCGUCAGAUGUACUGAGGUAUCAUUUAAGAAAACGCUCUUGUGGAAUUCCCGUGAUAAAUCGCCGUAUUUCAUAAUUUACAGCGACGCCAAGAGUAAAUUAUAUCUCACAUUUGAUACGGAGAUUGUUACGUACAAAUAUAAAUCAAGGGUCUGGGUAUACAAACGUUAUAAGAUCCCGCCAAUCAGGUUAUUUACCCAGGAUAACAGGGGAAAUAAGAUACUAAUGAAUUACCCUGAGUAUAGAGUCCAAUUAAGAGAUGAGAAGGAAGGUUUGGGAUAUUACUACGUAAUAACCCAGGGCGAGUGUGAUGAAGUGAGAUAUGAGAAUAAUUUAAUUUGGAGAAAAACUGACGAGAAACAUUUGUCAGGGUUUACCUUUUCUAACGGGCUAGUAGUGUUCAAUUUCGGGAUUAAAACCGUUAAAUACAAACUAACCAACAGGAGAUGGAACAAACUAAUAUAUUAA